AUGAUAGCUGCAGCCAAGCGAGUUGUUUUAGUUCUUGUCAUCGAUUUAUCGGUGCAAUUGUCUGAACUCAAGCAAGAUCAUGAAGUGAGUCAAAAAAUCAUUCAGCAAAUUCUCUAUUCGAAAAGACUUCUAGCCGAUCAUGUCGAAUCACUAGAACACUGUUUGCUGUUUCUGCAACAGCAGGACACAAGUGUCGCCGAACAGAAACCCUUGGAGAUUUUUACAGCACGAAACACAUGUGUUCUUUUGGGAUCAACUAUUUUGGAGCAUUUCAUUACACCCAAAUCACUUAAGCUAACCUUGAUUCCAUCGGUGAUCUUUAGCGCCAGCUUCAGUGCUCUGUAUGCAAUCAAAAAUGUCUUUAUUUUUCGUAACAAAGUCGUGGAACGUGAAUUGGAUAGCUUGAUUCGGAGUAUUGAUGAAUUUGGCAAUUGCAUUCGACGUAAUAUGACCUAUUUCAAUGAAGUUCUUGUCAUGAAGGCUUCCGAAUUGAUUGAAUCGAGACAAAUUGAAAGAGCAUGGGAUUGCAUAACAUCAAUAAAAGAAGUUGUGGAAGUGCUUUUUGAUGCUACGAGAAAAUUGGAAAUGUUACAUCCGAUUCCCUCACGUUUCACAGAAUACUAUUCACCAAUGGAAGAUCUGAAGGAAUGUGAUUACUUCCGGAACAACAUUACAGAUUAUAGUCCUAAAAAUAUAAAAGACUUUUAUAACAUUUUUGCCUACGUUCAAUCGCAAUACUUGUUUCGCUUGGCUUUGACAGUCUCACAAAAGCCAUCGCUAUCUAGUCUUAGUCGGGACUUAUCCAGUGUUGAAUUUCAAAUUCACCAACUAGUCAAAGAAGAAGAGAAUCACUUUAAAAAUCUUUCGAUUGACCUACGCAAAAAGAAGCAAUUGGAAGCCAACGAAUUUAACCAAAACAAAACGAUGCGCUGUAAAUCUGGACCCGUAGCCGUACUGCAGAGUUCAUCCCUGAAAUUAAGUUCCUGUAUGGUAGCUGUCGCUGAAGAAUGUCAACAACUAGACGAAGCCCUACAAAGACUCACCGAAACGGAGGCUGUGCAAAAGGACGAGAGCAAAGACCUUAUUGAUGUGGCGAAUAGUAUGCGAUCGAUUGAGGGCACCUUGUCGGUAUGUUUUGAUGAUUUUCACCGUUUAAUGUUAGUUUACAAUAAGUUCUUGAGUAGUAAGCUAGAUGAUAGAUUGUUAGGUGAUAAGAAAACUUCAUCGGCAAACGAUGCUGAUGGUAGCGAGAGUAUCUUGCGCGUAGAAAUUUCUCAUGAGAAUUCAGCUAACGACGACGGCGGUGGUGUGAAAUCUGAUGAUUUCUAUGCUUACAUGUUCGAAGAAAACGAACAACAAGAAGACGAGAAUGAAUUCGAUAAUGAGAAUCAUUCGCAAUGUGCCGAUCGUGAGAUCUUGAAUUUUGAAAAACGAGUAACCAAGGGGAAAUUCAAACCUGUUCUAAGACAGCUCAAGAAUCGCAUCGAUCCCAUUCGCCAGGAGAUGCUUGAAAAAGAACGCCGAGUUCUUGAAGCCAAAGGCAUCAAUGUUGAUGAACUUUUUGCCUCCGAUGAAACUAAUCGAUUAGAAGAAGUCACUGAUGAAAGUGCUGCAUCGGGAAGUGGCGACGAAAGUGAUGAAGGUUCAGCUGAUGAAGUUGAAAAGCGAAGUAAAAAAUUCAAAGAUCGCGACAAUUUCGCUGAAAUGAGAAAUUUUCUAGCUCAAAAACAAGCAAUUAAUUUGUUUCAACUUGAUUUACCACAAAAUAAUGCAACACCUUCAAACGAAGAUAUAAUCGAGUAAGUCAUUUUAAAUCUAGUCAAAUAAAAAUAAGAACAACAUUUUUACAUUUUUAUAUCUUCAACAUAAAAUUUGUACAGUCAAAUAGGAAAUGUUUAAUUUAUAUUUUAUUUAACAACAUUUAAUUAUUAUGUAGAUCUGUAGUUUAUUUAUUCAGUGGCUUAUUUACAAAAACCUAUUUUCUUUUUUCUCAAAAUUACAUCAAGUAAUAUACAAUUGAAGUAAUUUUGUUAUGAUUUUAGAAUUUACUUAGAAUUUAUUUUAAAGAAUUAAACAAAAAUUGAUGAAAUUGUAUCGUAAACAAAAUCUUAACAUUUAGAAAUCUAAAAAGAAUAUAAAGACUUAA